AUGGCACAGAAUGGAGGACUUCAGAAAGGCGCCAUGUUUAUGGCAGGGCUGACUCUGUUGCAGUCUCUCCGUGUGGCUUUAACUGGAGCAAAGUUUGCACUUGAUAGAUUUAAAAUUCCGCAACAGCAUGCCAGUUCGUUCAUUAACAUGGUCCAUAAUCCUAUGGAACUGGCAACGUUUACUGGAAUGGCUAUCAUAAACAUAGUACUCAUUUGGACAGAUGGCUGCAAUGGCUGCAAGGAAAGUUUCAGGUACCUUGCCGCGUUUACAAACGUAACACUGUGCUUUUCCUUCAUUCUACUCCUCUAUGCAUUUACAUCUGGAGGUCAAAUGGGAAAUCUCACCUCCUACUACUGGGCUAUUGUAUUGGCUUCAUUUAUUUAUGGACUGAAUGUGGCCACUGUAAUGACUGUGGCAAGUACAGAUGCUUCCCUUUUCAAUGUAGGAAUUCCUAUCUCUGGUAUCCAAGUUUCUGUCUACUAUUUCGUCUUUACUAAGUUGGCUGAGAGGUAUAACUGGUCGAACGUCAGUUACAGGAUUAUAUUCUGGCAGCUUAUUAUAGCAAUAUUGAUUUCAGCAGCCUCUGCCAUAGUGUGGACUAUUGCCUAUUAUCCUUCGGGUACUGCUGGUGCUAAUGGUGAUACUAAAUCUGCUUCUCUAAGUGAGGGUCUUCCAAAGGCUUGGUCUCCAAUUCUUAUGGCCAUGGUUGGAAUGGGUGGUAUAUAUGCCUUCUACCCUGCCAUAGCUCCUUAUAAGUUGACUGAUGUUGGAACCGGUUACACUAUUGACCUGGUUGUUCUGUUCAUGAGUGCUGUUCCUGGUAUUAUUAUUGCAGCUUUAUGCUCAUUUGAAGGCAAAGGUCCAGAUCAAGAAUGGAAAGGUCAAAAUAUUAACUGGAAUUACAUUUGGUUCUUGGCAAUUCCGCAUAUUACCGUAAUGAUCUUGUGCCUUGUUACACUUCAUUACCCUGAUAGUGGAGUAGCUGGUUCCAUCAAGAGUAGUGGUUUAAAUGCUGGAAUCAUUACUGUAACCCUAAAGUUUUGUGAAGAGGGGUUAAAGGCAGUGUCAUAUGCUGGAGCUGGUAAGCAAGUAGGUAAAUACUGCAGCUGCAACAACAAUAACUGCAGAGACUGCCAAUGCUGUAAAACCAACUAUGAACUAUGCAAAGACAACUGCACUUGUAGAGACUGUACCUGUAAAUGCUGUAAAGACAAGGAUGGUGGUGCUAUCUCCUCUUUUAACACAUUUACUUCACAAUUUUUAAUGAUUGUCCUAGCUUUUACUGGAGAUGGUUACCUUAAGACCUAUUCCAAGUAUGAGCAUGAUAGGAGUAAAUGGCCUACUAAGGAUUAUGGAUUCUUUAAGUCCUUAGGAUACUGGACAUGGAAUGGAAUGAAGGUGGCAUGCAAGAGCGUUAAGUCUUCCUUUACCAAGAAUGUUAGAUGCAAAGUUUUGGGUAAAUCUGAGGCUCUACUAAUUGUCUAUGAAGAUCAGGAAUUUUAG